AUUGUUAAAUAAAUGACUGAAUUGUUUAGGAAUUAUAAUAGAAUUAGGUAUAAAUAAACCCUCCAAACUGAACUGUGCUCAGUGUUCUGUUAUAUUUUAUACGGCUUGGAAGUAAAACAAUCGAAAGUUCAAUCAUGGAUCAAAGGCAACCAAACUUGGAAGAUAAGAUGGAGAAGUACUGGAGGCGCAUGUUCUACCUAGAUCCAAAACUGGAACCGACACCUCUGGAGCUCUCAGAAUUGGAGUAUUUUGGGGCUUUCAGGAUUAUAAAUCCGCUCGAUCCAAAGCGGAAACAUUGGCUCAUCUAUAGCUGUCUUCACUCUGAGAUUGCCGAAAAUGUGGAGAAAGUGCGGCGCAAAUAUGGAAAAAAGAACGUAUUUGAGAUAGUUCGAAAACCCGUUUACAGCGGACUGGGUUUUCGAAAAAUUGUUAGGGACUAUUUUGUAAAUUUAAGAUGGAAGGCCAAUGGAGGUUUCCUCGAGGCUCCGGAAAACAGCUAUUACAAUGACGAAAAAUUUGUUAAAAGCGUAAAUAACUUGCUCGAUGUAGAGCAUAGAAGAAUUUACGACUAUAUUAUGGGACAUCUCGAAUGGUUUAAGCGGUAUAAUGACCAAAAACCACCCCCAGAUGUAGUAAGAUUUUUUUAAGUGUUUUUGAAAUUCAAAAGCUUUUCGAUAAACGUUAUCGAAAAUUUACAGGGUUGCUGUGAAAAGCUCUUUUGACAUUAUUGUGAAAUUGUUUAUCGAAAUUGCCUUACUGUUGAAAUUGUUGUCAAAUAAACAGUUUAAACCCCA